CCCCCUGGUUCCGGGUUUGGAAAUGGAAAUUCUUGACUGUCCGCUGCUGUCGGUGAAUGUGCGCGUUUGGCGCUUUUGGUCAUUUGUGCUGGUGCACAACUGGAGACGCUACAUCAGCAUCAUCCCGGUGACGCUGCUGAACGUGUUCAUGUUUGCCGAUCUGUACCGGGCCUGGGGCAACAUCGAGGAGGUCAUUAUUAAUGCCUAUUUUGCGGUACUCUACUUCAACGCUGUGCUGCGAACACUUAUACUUGUUUAUAAUCGAGAUAAGUACGAGCGCUUUCUGGCCGGAGCCGCUGGCGUGUAUGAAGAAAUAUGCGCUCUCAACGACGACGUGAUCACCAAGCUAGUGACAACGUACACCAAACGGGCGCGCUUCCUAUCAAUCUCCAACCUUGCGCUCGGUGCCUUCAUUAGUGGCUGCUUUGUAAUUUAUCCACUUUUUACCGGCCAGCGUGGACUACCGUACGGCAUGUUUAUACCGGGCGUGAACAACUUUGACUCGCCCCAGUAUGAAAUAAUUUACCUCACCCAGCUGGUGCUUACCUUUCCGGGCUGCUGUAUGUACAUUCCUUACACGAGCUUUUUCACCUCGAGCACACUGUUCGGGUUGGUGCAGAUAAAAACGUUGCAGCAUCAGCUGAGAAACUUUCGGUCGGAGAAUUUGCACGAAACGACGAGCACCCUCAAUCGGAAGCUGCAGAAGCUGAUCGAGGACCAUAAGCGGAUUAUUCGGUAUGUGCAGGACCUAAACGAUCUGGUGACUUACAUCUGUCUGAUAGAGUUCCUCUCGUUCGGCCUAAUGCUCUGUGCUCUGCUUUUCCUGCUAAACAUUAUAAGUGUGAUGGCUCAGAUCGUCAUCGUCGGUGCGUAUAUCUUCAUGAUUCUCACGCAAAUAUUCGCCUUCUACUGGCACUCGAACGAGGUGCGUGAGGAAAGCAUGGCUAUAGCUGAGGCAUCCUACAGUGGACCGUGGCUCAAUGUGGAUAAUGCUAUUAAAAAGAAGCUGCUGCUCAUAACGAUUCGCGCACAGCGACCUCUUGAGAUCACCGUUGGCAACGUUUAUCCGAUGACGCUGGAAAUGUUUCAAUCGCUGCUGAACGCUUCCUAUUCAUACUUUACACUCCUCCGAAGGGUGUACAAUUAAGCGGAUGAUGAUGACAAGAGCUGCUCAAGCAUGUAACACAAACGUACGCACACAACGACACCUUGCUCAUAAUGUUCUCCCGUAGUUCGCUUCGUGCUACUGUAAAACACGAAUCAAAAGACUAAAAGCCACCAAAUCGUGAUAAAUCAUCCCUCUGGCUCAUCAUCAUCAUCACACCAGCGGGGUUCACCGAGAGGGUGUGUUAAAUUUGAAACCCGGGGGUACGAAAAGUUGGCCAAACUUUGCUCUUAAUCUGGUAAACCAAGUGCUCCUAGUAAGGCGUUGAUUACGUGAUACGAUUAUUGUUUGGAAAGACACUUUUCGCCCCAAAGACCGGUGUCUCAGGAUCGUUUCGAUUGUUCGCACACACACACACACACCGCACUAAGGAUGGAAACUUUUUAAUGGAAUGGGGUGUGGAUAAACCGAAGAGCGGGAAUGAAACGUCACUGUCACAGCGCACAGUUCUUUUAAUUACACUCUUUGCCAAUGUUCGUAAGAUGGUUCGGUGAGCGAGUGACUUUGUGGGAAGUUUGGAUUUUUUUUUCUCGAGAGGUAUGUAGUUUGCCAAUUAAGACUUUUAAUGAUGUUCAGCACACACUCAAAGUGUGUGACCAAAAGUGAUUAUUUUGGCGUCAAUUUCGAAUGAGAGAUGUUUCAAAAAGUAUUUUUUAGAAAACAUCUUGCUUCCAACAGCUUUCAACAGAUUUAUACGAUUUUAUUCGAAGUAUAAUUUUUCUUGUGAUUUAAAGACUACUUCUGUUGUGCCUGCCAUAUGAUGGCUCACUCAAUACUUAGAGUGGAUAAUAGACCGAAGGUCGAAGAUGUGAAUAGCACAAUAAUUAAUACAACAAAAAUGUAAAAUAACUGGUCUCUAAGCAGCCGAUGA